UCCCCGCGGGCCAGAGCGGCCCCGGAAGUGGCGGCCCCGGAACUCCCCGGUGUGCAGGAGCGGCCGAUGGCGCUGGACCCGCGGUGGCCGCUGGCGCUGCUCCGCGGCGCGGUCCCGGUGGCGCUGGGGCUGCUGCUGUGGGUGGCGGUGGGGAGCGGCGAGCAGGAGCGGCUGCAGACGCUGAAGGGGCACCCCGGGGCGGAACCCGGCGGUUCGACCUACCGGCAGCGCCACAACGAGCUGCUCAUGGCGGCGCUGCGCGAGGCGGCCGAGACCGACGAGAACGUAGCGCAGCGGCGGGUGCCGUGGCGGAAGUGACGUCAGCACCGGGAGCGCACCGGGACGCCCUUUGACCCCCCCCCCCGUACCCCGGAACCAUCAGCGCCGGGCGCGGUUGCGCACGGGACUCGUUCGCGCGGGUGCGCCCGGAGCGUUAUAAAGCGGGGACACUUCC